AUGAGAGUUAGUGACGACUCAGGGCAAGCAUAUUCUAAUGGUCAUAUUGCAAGCUCGAAUGGCUCGACUCCUCGGAAACCCUUACACACUGCCGUCAAUGGACACAUUUCGAGCAGUCUCAAUGGCUCUGCCCCAUCCUUUGCCAACGGUGCAAUCAAGAAGCCUUCGCCAGUACGAUCAGCGACAUAUCGGGGCCACAACCGGGAGGAGGUUGUAAGGAUUCUAGUUCAAGGCUUGCUUGACAUGGGAUACCCGAAUGCCGCAGAUUGCUUAUCGGAAGAGAGUGGGUACAAUUUGGAGAGUCCUUCUGCUGCAGCAUUCCGGAUCGCAAUCCAAGCAGGUGCAUGGUCAGAGGCAGAAGCAAUUCUGGUGGGUUCACCCCGAGGUGAUUCUAUCGAAGGCUUACUUGUGGAUGACGAUCAACACGGCGAAGGCUUGGUGCUUGCGGAAGGGGCCGACCGUGAUCAGAUGCUGUUUUGGAUUCGCCAACAAAAGUUCCUGGAGCUUCUAGACAGUCGAAAUCUGAGCAUGGCUCUUAUGGUUCUCCGGCAGGAAUUAACGCCGUUGGGUCAUGACGUCCAUCAACUACAUGCCCUCUCGACGCUUCUCAUGUGUCCUCCUGAAGACCUGAGGGCCAAGGCUCACUGGGCUGGCACAGUGGCAGAAUCCCGAAAGAUACUUCUCCAGGAUCUGUCCAGGUCGAUCGCUCCAUCUGUGAUGAUCCGAGACCAUCGGCUAGCCGAGCUGUUCGACCAGGUGAAGCAGAACCAGAUAAAUCAAUGUUUAUAUCACAACACUGCAGUGGCUCCGUCACUCUACUCAGAUCAUCUCUGCGAUCGAGAAGCCUUCCCCUCCCGUACCUCGAUCGAACUCCAAGACCAUGCAGGUGAGGUUUGGCACGUCCAGUUCUCCCACGACGGCACGAAGUUGGCAACUGCAAGUCAAGAUCGAACCGUCAAUAUCUACGAGACCGUCACUUUCAAACGCAUUCACGAAUUAAAACAGCAUUCUGCAGAGGUCACUUAUGUUGCAUGGAGUCCCGACGACACGAAGAUCAUCUCAUGUUCUCAAGAUGCCAAAGCCAGGGUAUGGGAUGUUGAAACUGGCAGGCUAAAGGUCACACUGCAUCAUGAAUCCGAAGAGCCGACAUACGGUGUCACUGCAGCCGCGUGGAGGCCUGAUUCGAUGGGUUUUGUGACAGCAAGCCAUGAUAGAAAUUGUCAACUCUGCUACUGGAGCCUUCUUGCAGAGAAUCCCGAGACGCCCAUCUACGUCUGGCCCAAAGGAUUCCGAGUACAAGACGUUGCAAUCACGAAUGAUGGCCAUUGGCUUGUUGCUCUAGACCCACAGAACAUCAUUCGAAUUUUCGAUUUGCAGACCUAUCGAGAGGAGCCUCCCAUCAAAACUUCUGGGAAGAUGACGAGUAUCUCGCUCAGCCGGGACGGCAGCACCGUCCUUGUGAACUUUGCAUUCGGUGAGGUACAGAUGAUUGAUCUCGUCACAAGAGAUAUUAUACGCAGGUUCAAAGGCCAAAAGCAAGGCGAAUUCGUGAUUAGAAGUUGCUUUGGAGGAGCGGCGGAGAAUUUUGUGGUCAGCGGCUCGGAAGAUGGCAUGGUAUACGUGUGGCACAAGGAGAACGAAUCUUUGAUAGAGAAGUUGUCGGGUCAUGGUCGAGGUGCUGGCGGAAAGGAAUGUGUAACAACGGUGGACUGGAAUCCUCGAGAUGCAUCCAUGUUUGCGUCUGGAGGGGAUGACCGCAGAGUGCGCAUAUGGUCGAGCGCACCACCUCCCGUUGAUGGUCUUUCCAGCCUCUUGAACACACCUGUUGCGCGUAGCGAUUCUGGGCGGCUGAGUGCUAUGAGAUCAACGUUGUAG